AUGGCCGAUAAAAAAGGCUAUGAAGAAGCUAUUGAAGCUACUCGCGCUGUUCUGCGCGCUUUCGGCGUAUGGCCAAACCGUCACAAAAUUAGUGAAAACUGGCUCUCUCGUAGUCAUUUCCUUGCACCGGCAUUUUUAAUAAUUUGUUUUAUCAACAUUCCUCAGACUUUGAAAAUUAUAAAGGUGUGGCGCAAUUUGAAUGAAGUUCUGGACAUUUUGGUGACCGCUAAUAUUCCAAGCUUUGUAGCUCUUAUAAAACUACUGUGUGUUAGGUACAAUAAAAAAGUUAUAGGACUAUUGCUAGUAUCGAUGGAAAACGAUUGGAAGAGUCUAAAAACUCUCGUGGAGACACGGAUCAUGUGGAAAAAUGGAAAAUUAGGAAGUUUAAUAACGUUAGUAAUAUAUACCCUUACGUGCGGAAGUUAUGUGGCAUAUGUGAUAAUGAUCACUUAUAUAAAUGUGGGCGGAUCCAAGCAAGAAGAUGUAAUAACGCUUAACGAGAGCAAAAAACUUCGACCGCUUUACAUGAGGUCAUACUUCAUCUAUGACGUACAGAAAACUCCGGUUUAUGAGAUCAUAUGGAUAUUUCAAUUCGUAUCUAUGGGCGUAGCUACGUUUACGUUCAUGGCGGUCGAUUCUCUCUUUGCCGUAUUAAUGAUGCACCUGUGUGGUCAACUUAUUAAUCUGCAGGAACGCCUUAAAAAUUUUACGAACAUGUUGGGGCAAACCAAAACACGAAAUUUUUCAUAUCAACUUUCGACGAUUGUCUCGAGACAUGAGCAGUUGAAUAGAUUUGCUAAAGCUAUUGAAAAUGCCUUCAACACUAUGUUUUUAGUGCAAAUGUUGCUCAGUGGUAUGGUGCUUUGUUUACAAGGUUACCAGAUCGUUAUAAUCUUAACUGGUCGUGAUACCGUUCAAAUUAUUGAAUUACUUUUUAUGGUCUACUAUACACUUUGUUUUGCCUUUAGCUUAUUUGUUUAUUGUUAUAUAGCAGAAAUUUUACGAAUCGAGAGUAUGGAAAUAGGCAAUGCAGCAUAUCACUGUGAUUGGUAUGAUUUAUCUGCUUUUGAAAGAAGACUUUUUAUUCUAACAAUUAUUCGUUCCAAAACGCCUUUUGAAAUUACUGCAGGAAAAUUUGCAGCUUUUUCCCUAGAAUUCUACUGUAGCAUUUUGAAAACCUCGGGUGGCUAUCUCUCAGUGUUACUUGCCGUACAAGACAGAUUAGCUGCUUGA